AUGGCUCGCGGUGGGCAAGGCAGCAAAGGAGGUGGAAAGGCGCAAAUGGCUCAGCCGCCAAUCACAAAGUACAGGAAGAACAUCGGAACCUACCAGCGGGACAAUUCAAACAAAGAUGCGACUAGAGACUUCAAAACUAAAGCGGACAUUCGAAAAUCGACUUCUGUGACGAACGAGACAAAAUGGAUGGGAAGUGCAUUAGUAGGCAUUCUCUGUUUGCUUUUUGCAUUGUACGGCUUGAUGUUCUACAUUUUCUCCAAACCACCAACGGUGCCUUAA